AUGGAGACGGCCCAGGCGAUCCACAAGAUCAUGGACAAAGCAUGCAAACCGGGACUCAUCAUGAGUUACCUCCUGAGCAUCCGGGACGACCUCAAGACGCACCGCACCAUCCAGAAAGCUUCCAUAGACGAUCCGGAGAUCGAGAUGACGCUUCUGGAGCUGAACAUCCCAUUGAUCUACGGGAUGACCCAAUGCGUGUUGGACGAGGAGGAGCUCCUCCACUACCUGAGCAACUACGGGGACAAGAUGGCGUUCAGCGAGGAGACGCUAGAGGCCUUCCGCAUGGGACAGUUCAAAGACGGUGUGUCAACGCCAGCGAGGGCGGCGGCUGUCUUGACGUAUGCUGGCAAUUUCUGGUCGACAUUGUACAGCUCACGAGACCGCGCCCUUCUCCCCAGCCUGACUUCCACGGAGGGCUGGAAAUGGAUGGGAUCAUUACUCGAGGACACAUGGCCGGUAGUCCUGGCGUUAAUGCAUACCGUGCCGAACUCGAAGAACCCGAAUGGGGAGAGGAUCCUGUUCGGUUUGACCAGCAGAGCAUGGAGGUCUCUGAAGGACUUGGCAUUUACGGCUCAGGUUGGCUUCUUGGAUGGCUUAGCCGAGCCGGACGCGUCACAGUCGUGGCACAAGUGCUACGGGACAGUAUCCAUGCCGGCGCUACCGUUCUGUGGCGUGCGGUCAGACAAAGAAGGUGAGGAAGCAGUUGGAGCUCUGGAGGCGGAACUUCAAGGAGGAGGUGAAGAUGAAGGCGAUAGUCGACUUCGAGCAGGUGGACUGAAUGCAUUCCGCGCGUCCAGGCCAGGGAGUGACAUGCACUCCGUCAUCGCGGCCAUUGAGGACUUUGGAGUGACAUUUUUUGGACGUUUCUCCUACACUUCGUAUUGUGAGGAUGACCGCUACGUACAGGCCAUAGCUUUUGCUCACAGGGAGAAGUCGAGAGGCAUGCUUGCCAACAUCAACCUCACUCAUUCAGCCAUCGUGGAGGACUCGGGAUAUUUGUUUCACCUCGAAUUGCCAUUUUGGCACCCAGACCGGUGUUCGUGUCACCGGGCCGACAGCGGGAUCCAGUACCGAUGCGUCGGUACCAAGCCAGAUGGUGCGUCGCGGUUCAUCGAACCGGGAUCGCCGCUCAUCCCUUACACGACGGCAGAUCCAGGCCACCCCAUGAAAGGGGUCGAGAUCGUAGCCGAUUGGGAUCGGGUAGACCUGCGUAAGGAUAUGGCUCGGAAGAUGGAGGCGCUUGCUGUCCUCGAACACGAGGCGAAGUCCUGCAUCGUUGAUGAAGACCUAUUGAGACAACAUCAGGUCACAGCUAAGGCGAAAGUCGCUAUUCCCGGUGUGACAGAGAAAGACAUGACCGGGAUCCACGUAGCGUGUAAUACCCACGAGAACGCAUUGGCCGGUAUCGGAAACCGCCACUACGCAGAAAAAUAUGCCGAGGUAAAUUAUGAAGGCAUUCUGAUCAAGAACCAAAUCGGCAAUCCGUGGGAAAUUGUUCGGAGAUCUCUCCACGCCGUAGUGGAGAUUGUGGUGCCUGCUAUCCUUGAGAUUGACGAAGAACUCAUAAAGAGGCAGGACACGGAGGUGAUGGAGAUUCCUCAGAGCGAAGUGGUGUCGGAGCUUCAUGGGAAGUCACUCUUUCCGAUGCACAAGUCCAUUGACGACAUCGCUCCGAGCAGCUUCACCGAACAAAUGAAAAAGGACAACUUUGAAGCGACCUCAGGCACCGACAUGCCACGAGCUCCGCCAACGAAGGCAUUCAUCAAACCGAAUGAGGCCUUGGGGAAAAUCAAGCCCCGUCUUAUUCAACAUACAGGGCCACAGGGGACUGCCAUGUCCGCCCUGAUGAAUAAGACGAUAGAACAAUGCUUCUUUAGACUGCCAUAUUUUGUGGCACGCAGCAUCAAGGGUACCGACAACUCCGGUGUCUGCGAACGUAUCCGCGUAUUCUACAAUGAAUACAAAUCCGGGGGCUUCGCAUCAACAGAUUUCGGGAGCUUCGACUCCUCGAUCACUGAUAAGUGCACAGUUGACCGGAGCAAACCUGGGUUACGCCGGAUAAUUGAAGAGGCGUUGAUGAACGGGGUUGCGCAAAAAUUCCCCGAAUCGGCGGACUACAGGAACGCAGCGAAAACGCGUUGGAAGAAAAAGGACAAGAUCCUUUUCGACACACUCACUCUCAUGACAGAGGUUCUCAUACGGCAGUCUGGGGACGGCAUCACAUCCGUUGGCAAUUAUGCCAACAACUGGUUUGUUGAUCGCUGCCUCGAUUACAUUGCCGAGAUCAUCUUUGCAGAGUGGGACUGGCGGCAGUAUUCGCUAAAAGAAGUUGUUGAGAGCCUUACACAUUUGCUCGACGACCCAGCUUUCAUCAAAAAGGUCGUUGAAGGUGUCAAAUGGAAGGCAGCACGCCUGGCGAAGACAAUCGAACGCGUCUCAAAGGGACUUCACGUCACCAAAGAGAACUCGGAGUUCCUCAAUGGGGAAGGCGACGAUCGCCUCAAGGGCUAUCAAUGGGCAUUUAUCCAAAAGUUCGAAACGAAGGACAAGAGGGGUAAAGAUGCCAGACAAGUCCUAGGCGUAAUUACGGCAGUCCUAUACACCGCCGCUGGGAUGAGCCUAGAGCCGCAAGACCGUACAGGUCGUGUGAGUGCCGACAAGCUUAUUGACAAGACCCAGCGUAUCGAGUUUAUCAGCCGUAUAUUCGUCCCCCUCAAGGAAGGGAAAAUGAUGCGGAGCUUCCCGAAGCUUCGGAAAACUUUCGCAGCAGCCACCAUCACAUUCAAUGUGAAUGACCCUUUUCUUACAGCGGCAGCGACGAAAAUGCUCUCCAUCAUGAUGAUGUGUGAGCAGUGCCCGUUGCAGUUCCCUUUCUACUCUCUCAUCUUCCGCCAUUACAGACAACGUCUGAGUGAUGAGACGAUCAUCACAAACAAGCGGAAGUACGAAUGGUGGGAGCUAAAACUGAUGUACCUUAUAUCAGACAACGGGCUGGAGAGUAGCAUGAGCGCGGUUUACGCCCACCUCACGACUCGGGCAAACGGGUACACAUCACCCGACAUAGCCGACGGAAUGCUGGACGCUCUCUCUGCCGAAACGCGGUUGGCCAAAAAUGAUUUGGUCUGCCUGAUCGACGCCAUCACUGGAGCGAGUGGGGACGAUCUAGGAGUGGUCCAAGACCUGGUGCAGAGAUAUGUGGCUAUGAGGGCCCAGAGCAUGGUACCGAGCCCCAUGCUUUCCGCCUGUGGCCAACUAACGGUAAAGUACCACAACCUGCGUGUGGGAAUUCCAGACUGCGCUAUACUGGUUGCCGGCCCGCUGCCGGCGACAGUGCCUGGCUUGCUCCUAGCCGGUGCGAAACUGGGACCGUUCACGAGCACGACCUACGCGCUGAGCGUUCUGGCAACUUCGGUGCUCACGGUGAGCAUCCCGGUCCUGCUCUUCAAGCAUCCGGAGAUGCGGCAGCGCAAGCCCUUCCGGGCUGUCUCGGUGGCAGUGGCUGCGGCCGCGGUCGGUCAGAUUGCCUUCAUGUCGCUGUCGCUGACCCCAAACAUCGCCUUGUUCGACAUGCUGCCGGGGGUGACCGUCAGUGACUUCAUGACGCCCAUGCAGCAUCCCUUCAUGGUCAUCCACCUGGUGUGUCAUGCGGUGCAGCUGCCGAUGAUGACCGUGAUGCUGGGCAGACUGGCAGGCAGAAGUGUCGCAGAUAUGAGCAGCUGCCACUAUUCCGUGGCGCUGUAUAGCAUCUCUGCCAUCCUCUCAGCAGCAACGAAGGAAACCUACUUUCGCUGGCCGCUUCUCGUCCUUGGCAGCCUUUGCCUCAAACGUGGGCUCGCUGAGCUUGAGGACUCCUCAAAGUUCGUCGAAACCAUCGCCCCGCGCAAUCCUGCAGUUUACAUGUGGACGGAGAAGCACAAAAUCAGUGUCGGGCUCUUUGUCUUCCAAGCGUCCCUUCACCCGACGAUCCAGUCGAUGGGCUACCUGGAGUGGAUAUCCUCAGCGGCCGUGCAGAGCACAUGGACGUGCAUGGACGUCUUGCUGACGGCGGGUGUCGCGUUCAUAUCUCUGAAGGAGGGCGCGCACAUGAAGAAGUCGGAGGAGUUCAUGGCCCGGAAAGAGCGUGUGGAUCGCCUCUACGAGGCGGAGAGCAUCGAUUAG